AUGAGUAUGAAUGAAAUAAAAAAUUUAAAAUCUGAAAUUUUAUUUGGCUCCUCGCACUGCUCAUGUAUCAGCUGUGAUAGCUUCCGUUGUUUUGCAAAAAGAAAAGUAAAAGUGAAGACAUGUUCCUGUUCUGUAUGCAAAGACUCAACUGCUUGCUUGUAUUAUUCAAAAGAAGAGUUUUUCCAAAAAGAAAAUCAGUAUACUACUCCAAGUAAAACAUCAACUGUAAAAUACACAGUAAACAAAGUAUUUUAUCCAAAACGAAAAUCAAACUAUGACAAAUCGAAACAAGAUAAUCUUAAAAAUGAUAUAUCACAGAAUAGAAAUGUCAAUUUUUCGCAUGAACAUUUAUUAAACAAGGCACCUGAUAAAAUAUCGAUACAAAAUAUUUUUGGCAGAAUCAAACAAAUAUAUAGUGCAUGUAGUUGUAAAGUGUGCGAAUGUGUUGCUACAAAGGCAGGAAGUACUGUUUGCAGAUGCAAACCUUGCGAGUGCAAUAAUUGCAAAUGUUUAAUGAAUAAAACGGAUGGUCGAAAGAAACCAACAAUACAGAAUAGCAGUCCAUAUGCUGUACAUAAUAAUAUUUUAAACGAAACAACAGUCGACGAUAUGCAAAUAAAAUAUAAACUACAUACAUCUUAUAAAAAGUAUGAAAACGCUAUUGAAGGAUCUUCAACACCAAAAUAUAAUAAUUGCAAAUGUAAACCUUGUGAUUGCGAUGAUUGUAAAAUUCUUACAGUGAAGAUUAAUGAUGGUAGAAAUUCAUUAAUUAUCAAGAAUGCAAUAUAUAACGAAUCACAGGAAAGCAAACCAAGUAAAAGUAUUGCAAAAACUAGAUCAAAAAGUUGUGACUGUAAACCCUGUCAAUGCGACAAGUGUAAACCUAAAUAUAGAAUUUCAAACACCUUUGUUGUAGCUUCUAUGGAAGAUAACUUACAACGCAAUGCUUGCUCAUGCGCGCCUUGCGAAUGCAGUAGUUGUCGACAAGCUAGCACUGCUAAUACAACUAGUUUGAUGAGAGAAAUCUCCACUGCAAUGACUGAAACUUGCAAUAAUAAUUGUCAGUGUGAACCAUGUUUUAACGAAACAUGUCGAGAAACAUUAGGAUCUUGUCAAUGCGCUAGUCGAAAUAGUGUCAUGAAUAAGCCCUUUGUAAAAGAUACCCAAAAUAUUGAUAUUCAUAGAGCUUUAGUUUUGGAAGAGAAUUCAAACGAUGAAAAUAAUGGCCCGAAUUACACCAUAUCUGUUCUUACGGAUGUUCUUAAUACUUAUCAAGAAAAAGAAACAGAAAGAAAAAAAUGUGACUGUAAAAAACUUGAUUGUGCAAUUUGCAGUAGUAAUAUCAAUAUGAUAAAUAGUACUGGCUCUCUUACGUCGCCCUUUCAUAAUGUUCAUAACUUAUCUACAUUACGGGUAGAUGCAGCACAACCCAAAGAGUGUAAAUGUAUAUCAUGUGAAUGUCAAAUCUGUGAUAAAUAUAAGAGAUUUGGACAUGGCGUUUGGAAAUCUGAUAAAUAUAGAUCUAAAUGUGACUGUGAUAUCUGCCGUUGCCUGUAUUGCGGUGAUUUAUUGAAAUCUGAAAGUACCACAGAAAUGAAAUAUGAUAAUGUAAAUAAUAAAUCGACUUUACACAAGAGACGACCAAUCAACUUGCUGUUUCCAAAGAUUCAAUGUCGAAAUGAACUUACCACUAAAAACAAUAAUUUAAAUAAAAUUAUCUACAAGAAUUUAAACAAUAACAAAUUAUAUUAUGAUGAAAACAUUAAGUCAAGUUCAAGCGUUUAUUCUAUUCUUCCCGCUAAAGAAAAUAGCUAUCUACUACAAUCACGAAAUAUUAAUUCGCGUACAUCAUCAGUUAUUCACAAAAAUAACAGUUAUCAUUCUAUCAUUGACAAUAAUGUUGUGACUACUUUUCUUAACGACAUUAUGCAAAAUGAUGAAUUAAAUGUAUUUCAUUUUGGUACCGAAGUAAAAGAAAUCACUAAAAAUUCAGUGUCUAGCGCGUGGAGUUUUCCAGAAACACCCAAGAACCCAUCACAAUUAUGUUUUGAAAAUAUCAUCUGUAAUGAAGGGGAAAAACACAAUUUAAAAAAGUUUACUCCUGAACUUCAAAUAUUUAGUAGUAAACAAUGCAUAUACUGCACAAUGAGUCCUAGUACAAGGGCCAAAAAUCUGGAAUAUGAUAAAGGUAAUCAAAUAAUACCACAAUGUUUCGUCCAAACUAAUCUCGUAUCGAUUAAUUCUCGAAAUAAUAAGAGUGAAAUAAAUAACAAUAUUGACACUAAAUGCAAAGAUAUUCAUAAUGAAAAUGAACUAGAGUUAAGCGCAAAGAUUGUUAAUAAUAAAGCGGAAUUAUUGUACUGGAAAACGCCAACAGAUCUUUAUGCAUUGAACAAAAAAUUAUUAAAACGCUUCAACAAAGAUCUUGAAGAGCGAAAUAUACUUUUUAAGGCAAAGUUAUUAACAUCUGAACUUUUAAAAAUUUUAUUCAAAUAUCAAAAAGCGAAUAAAGAAUUCGAAAGCCACAUACAACGUUAA